UGUUUCUCAAGUGUUAAGGAGUGACACCUGCCUGAGACAACGCCAAGUGUAAACAGAGUCAAGUGAAGGAAGGCGACGGUCACUAAGGUACUGUUAACAGGUCACUAAGGUACUGUUAACAGGUCACUAAGAUGAAUCAGGAAAGACUUCAGAAAGCUGAGCUGAUUGUUCUUCAGAAGGAAGAAACAACUUUGAAAGAGCUGAUUGAUAAGUACAUGAAUAGUCUUUAUAAGCUCAAGGUUGAGGAGCUAACUAUCAAGCACCAGCUGAGUCGUAUACAAGAUGUUGAGUUAAGGUCGCAAAACAACACAUCGCAAGAAGCAGUCAUGGAAGAUCCAUUACAACUUCCUGAUAUGUCACUCAUGAUGAAUGACCAGCACCCUAAUACAAACCAGAUGAUGGUCAUCAUGAAUGAACUUCACAUUAACAAGAGUGCCCUGAAUUUGGAGGCUGCUCCACUGAUUCAAAGAAUGCUGCAUGACUCUGAGGUAUAUGAAGAAGAGGAAGAAGAUGAAAAGGAGAAGGUUGACGUUUUUGAAGAAUGAGGAAUAUGAUAAUUUAUUACAAAAUUUACCUGUAAGUGCAGGGUAUUUGAAAUUAGUAACUUUCUAGACUCAUAUAUUGUAAUUGAUGAUGCUGUACAUAAUUUUUGGGGGUGUUUUAUGUUAGGCCUCCAGAGUCAUGUUCAUUUUAUUUAGUGUUUUGUAUGUUAUUCACAUAGAAGUUGUAUAUUGUUAAUCUGCCUAUAUUCCCUCUCCUGGCUACUGUGGAGUAAGCAUGCAGUGUUGGCACAUGGCAUGAUAAAGAUAUCACCCUUGGGGGAACUGUUGAGCAAGGUCACCCUCACCUUUGUUGCAACAGUAGCAAGGUGUAGUCUAUAUAUCCUGUGUUAACCUUGACUCUUAUUUCAGAGUGUGUCCUAAUUAAUUAGUCAAAGGAGUGAGGCACUGCUUGAUUAAGACAUUCUAACAAUAGUGGGACUGUGACAUGUUUUAUUAUUUAGACAAAGUUAGACAAAGUAAUUUGUAAAAGAAUUGCCAUUGAUGCUACCUACAGUAUAUGUUUUAUUGUUCUUUAGAUACUUAGUAAUUUUAUAAUAAAUUGUCAUUGACACCACUUAAUGUUGUUUUAGAUACUCAAAAUAUUAAAUUGAAAAAAAAAUUAACCCUGUAAUGCCUGAAUCAUUUUGUAGCAUCCCAAAAAAUAUUGGGUUCUAUAAUCUGCAUCUACCCACGUGGUGGCAAAAAUAAAUAAACACUUCUGAA